AUGAAUACUAUUCCAACAUCUUUCGAAGAUCAAAUCAAAACAUGCUUAAAGAUUACAGACAUUAUUAUUUCUCAUCCUUUAAGCGCUCUAUUUCUUGAACCAGUUGAUCCUGAAAAGGAUGAUGCUCCCGGAUAUUAUGAAAAAAUCAAAAAUCCAAAAACGCUAAGUGAAGUUCGUUCUAAUUUAUUGGACAAGAAAUACGCGAGUGUAAGUGAUUGGAAGGAUGAUAUCAAGCUUAUCUGGAGUAAUGCAAUUUUAUAUGGAGGAGAACAGUCAAUAGUUUCAAAACUUGCACGCCAAAUGGAAAAAUUCGCAAACAAACUCAUACUUAGUAAGCUUCCUCUAUCAACUUACGAUUGGAUUGAUAGUAUUGGAACAUAUGUUACAAAAUUAAAGACGCAGUAUUCAUAUGCUGCGGCUAACAACGAGUUCUUAGCACCAUUAAAUUCGAAAAAUAAGGAAUAUCAUGUUCGAAGAUUAUGCGAAGCACUUCCAAAAUUAACAGACGAAAUAGAUAGAGUCCAAAUAGGGCGUAUCCUUGCUUUAUUUGAUGCAAAAUACGAAACGAAUGAAGCAAAUACGAUAAAUUUGAAUGAAAUACCUCUUGAAUCUUUGAAUCUCCUUAUUGUUUACACAAAAUAUAGAUUUGAUCAACAAAAAUUACAAUACCCUGAUUAG